GCAGGACGAUGAUCAUCUUUGUUGGGUCUCUGUGUGAGACACACAGCUAUCCAGCGAGUUUAUGUUAGUUACCCGAUGAGCUGGCAAAGCCAAAUUUCGCCUGUGAACCAAAAAAAGAUCCCUGGAGCUUAUUUUUUAAUCCCGGAGACCGUUUUUGUACUGCGUUGCGCCGUGGCGGUGUAACGAUAUAGCUGAGGCUAGCCGUCUCACUAGCUGGCAAAACUAAACUUUCUUGUGAAAAAAUGUCAUCUUUUUUAUGGAGUGUGCGUCCGGCCUUGCUGUUGUGUCUGUGUGUGUGUGUGUUAGCUGAUACUGCAGACACUCCACUCCUGGAGGGCUGGCAGGACGUGUGGCUUUUCCGUUUUUUCCUCAACAUCCUCGGCUACUCCACCAUCGUCAUCCCAGGAUACUUUCUCAUCAGCUACUUCAAUCGGAUCAACUACCUGGAAACAGGGCGGGGUCUCUGUUUCCCCGUAAUAAAGGCCUGCGUGUUUGGGAGUGACUCUAAGACCACCCUGCUGGACGAUGCAUCUGCAGCAACCAGAAAUGAGGCAGAAUCCACUUCAUCAGCACGACAAGCGUUCAAACUCAUCUUCUGUGCUGCUGGACUGCAGGUUUCGUAUCUGACGUGGGGUGUCCUGCAGGAGCGGGUGAUGACCCGUUCGUACGGCGGCUCUGAGACGGAGGGUGGCGGAGAGCGCUUCAGGGACUCUCAGUUUCUGGUGUUUAUGAACCGCAUCCUGGCGCUGACGGUGUCUGGACUGUGCUGUGUUCUGUUCAAGCAGCCGAGGCACGGCGCCCCCAUGUACAAAUAUUCUUUUGCCUCCCUCUCCAACAUACUCAGCAGCUGGUGUCAGUACGAGGCCCUCAAGUACAUCAGCUUCCCCACACAGGUAUUGGCCAAAGCCUCCAAAGUCAUUCCUGUGAUGCUGAUGGGUAAGCUUGUGUCACACAAGAGCUACGAGUACUGGGAAUAUUUCACAGCCGUGCUGAUCUCCGUGGGGGUCAGCAUGUUCCUGCUGUCCAGUUCCACCAACAAACAUCCGUCCACUGUCACCACCUUCUCUGGUGUCGUCAUCCUAGCUGGAUACAUAAUGUUCGACAGCUUCACCUCCAAUUGGCAGGACAACCUGUUCAAGUAUAAGAUGUCGUCAGUGCAGAUGAUGUUUGGAGUGAAUUUGUUCUCCUGUCUCUUCACCGUGGGUUCUCUGCUGGAGCAGGGCGCGUUCUUUGACUCUCUGGCCUUUAUGUCCCGUCACUCAGAGUUCGCCUUCCACGCCGUGCUGCUGUCCAUCUGUUCUGCCUGCGGUCAGCUCUUCAUCUUCUACACCAUCUCCCAGUUCGGCGCCGCUGUCUUCACCAUCAUCAUGACCCUGCGGCAGGCCAUCGCCAUCCUGCUGUCCUGCUUCAUCUACGGCCACGCCAUCACCUUCGUGGGUGCCCUCGGGGUGGCCGUGGUCUUCCUCGCUCUUUUCCUCCGUAUUUAUGCCCGAAGCCGCAUGAAGAAAGGCAGCAAGCGUGCUGCCCAGCCACCUGUUCAGAAGGUCUAGAUGAAGGACACUGGGAAACAAAUCUGUACGGAAAACCACAUUUUUAGUGGUUUGGCUUGUUUUGGAGUUUUUAUUUGUCUUUUUUUUUUGUCUCUGUGUGUCUUGCACAACUUUGUUUCUACUCUUUGUAUAUACAUAUAUAUAUAUGAACAGGUACUGAAAGGGAUGACUUUUUUGUUUUGUGAAGAAAAGGGAUUUGGACUUGACUGUGCUGUCACGUUUUACAGAGAUGGGAGGAAUAGCUUAUAUACUGAAAAAUGAGUGUGUGUGUGUGAGUGAGUGGUUCUGAAUGUUUUCAUGGGGGUGAUAUUACUGAGCCAGUGACUGAUCACAACUUGUUGGAGGUUUUGUUUGUUGCGUUGGAGGAGUGUUGAACCCUCUUACUCAUUUUUGUUUUAACGAUUUAGGCGUAUUCUUUUGCUUUUUUUUUUAAUUUAUAGUCGCUUUAAAUUAAGUCCAAUCCAAGAGUCACAACAAUCAUUUUAGAGAGCAUAUUGUUUGUCUUUGAGAAAACAUGUUUGUCUCUAGGCCUGUCAUGAUUGAGAUUUUAGCCGCCGACUAUUUAUUUGCUGUCUAAAUAAUUUCAAGUAAUAAUUGUAUUUUUUGUUCAUUGUGUGCAGGUAUUAAGCUACAAGCCUAAAGUGGUCAUAUUAGCUGUCUGGCUUCAUGGCUCUUAAUACUAAGUAGCUCCCAACUGCCCUGUAAAGGUAACAUUACUCACAGGUGCUAACAAACAUCAAAUAAUUUAACAUUAACAUUACUCACCUCCACCUAAUAACAUUGUUAUUAACAAACAUCACUGGCCGCAGCCCUCUAAAAGUGUUAUUAAUGAGCAUCUAAUAAACAAACAGUUCUGACCGCCGCUCCUAAAGAUGUUAUCAACUAAAUAUUACUCGUCACCACCCUUUAAAGGUGUUAACAAAGAUCUGAUCGACCAACAGUUCUCCCCGCCACCCCUAAAACAAACAUUACUAGUCAUCGCCCUCUAAAGGUGUUAUUAACAAACAUCAAAUAAACAAAUGUUAGUGACGGCUGCCCUAGGGUGUUAUUAACAAACAUCUAGUGAAUAAACAAAUAAACAAACAUUAUUUACUGAUGCCCUCUAAAGGUUUUUACAAACAUCAACUAUAAAAAAAUUACUCAUCACCGCCCUCUAAAGGUACUAUGAUAAAAAUAAGCUGCUGCCCUCUAAAGAUGUUAGAAACAGACAUCAAAUAAACAAACAUUACUCACCGCAGUGCUCUAAAGGUGUCAUUAACGAUCAUCAAGUAAAAAGCAUCACUGCCAUCUGAACUGGGCAUUAACGAACACCUAAUUAACGAACAGUUCUCACCACAGCCCUAUAAUGGUGCUGUUGGCAAACAUCAAAUAAGCAAACGUUACUCACUGCUGCCCCCUAAAGGUGUCAUCAAAUAAACAAGCAUUGCUCAACACCACCCUCUGAAGGUGUUAUUAACAAACAUCAAAUAAACAAAUGUCACUCACCGCCGCCCUCUAAACUUGUUCCUAACGAACACCCAAUGAACAAACAGUUCUUACCGCCACGCCUUUAGGUGUUAUCAGAUAAAUAAGCAUUACUCGCCGCUGCCCUUUAAAGGCGUUAUAUUACAAAGUCAUAUAAGCUAGAAUUUUUCUUGUUUUUAUAAGACCCCAGGAUGUGUCUUAAGUGUAUGCUUUGUUUUGUUCACCCCGACACACUCGAUUUACAUUCUGUUUGUUGACAUCUGUAGAAAAUUGCAGUAUUUGUGACCGGGUGACCGUAGUAAUUAUGACAGGCCUUAUCGGUUCGUCACGAGUGAAGUUCUGUUUGAGAAUCUUUUCUGAAUAUAUUUCGAUUGGAUUGUGCUCUUUGUUGAGGGUCUGGUUUAAGGCUUUCAUUGUGUUACAUCUGGCUGUUUGGCAGGGUUUUAACAUUGCUAUGUUGGUUGAUCCGUGGCUGUGGACUCGAUGCUAAAGGAUUUUCAGCCACAGACCAUAAGUGCCUACUGAACUAUAGAGUGGUGUGGGUUUUUUUUUUUUUGUUUGUUUGUUUGUUUGUUUUUUUUAACGGCUGUGUAAAUUUGCAGGUGGCGGCAUCAUUCAGAAACUUUGAUAACGUGUUAACUCAGUAGAAACUCCGUUAUGCUAUUGAAGAGGUGUUUUGUGAAUUGUAGAUUGCCUUGGAGUUGUUGGUUAAACAGUAUGGUUGGCUUAUUCUUUGGAACAGGCAUAGCGUAAUACUUUGCACGUGGAUCUCGCCUGUAAAGAUGUUUUCUCACAUGAAGUCCAUUGUCCUGGUUGGCUGGAGUGAAGGUGAUUGUGUAUCAUGACGUCUAAAGUAAUUUUGGGGUACAUUCCAAAGGGUGCUGGUUCAUUCGUUUGCAUUCAGUGGGAUUCUUACGCCUCUUAACCUCCUGCUUCACAUUGUUUUUCUGCUCCAGGAUGUGUGUGAACACUUUGCUGUAACAGCUACCGAUGUUCAUUUACUUAGGGUACUCGUCUGGUCGCCUCCCCAUCAUGGAGUGGCUUUAAACGCUUAUUGAUGAUAAGUGAUAAUCUACCAUUGUCCAGCUUAAUCUCUACCAGCUGCAUCUGUUUCAAACCUCUUCUUUUUUUUCUUUUUUUUUUCUUUUUUUAAAAAAAACCUCCACCAAUGAUUUUGCCAUGUGUCCCUGUAAAACUGUGUGGUUGGUUAGUGUAGUGAUUAACACCUCUACCUUCUACACUGUAGACUGGGGUUCAAUCCCCACCUGGGCAAACACCCUACACUAUACCAAUCAGAGACCUUGGGCAAGACUCCCAACACCGCCUUGGCCUACCUGUGUCAAAAUGAUCAAAUUGUAAGUCGCUCUGGAUAAGAGCGUCAGCCAAAUGCUGUAAAUGUAAAACUGACUCAAAACUCACUCAUAGUAGAAGCAACAGGGCAGUUGUUGAACUUUGUGACUAAACAUUUAAAUGUAUACUAUAUAAUGUAAAUAUAAAACUUCAAGGAUCAUUUUGCGAUAAUUUGAUUGAAGAAUAUAACGGCGUUAGGAUGACUACGUCUUUUGUGUAAACCAGCCAGAUUUUACGCAACACAUCCUCUACAGACAACACACUGAAAUAUGGCAUUUAAAAGCAAGUUUACCUGCAUAAUUCCUAUUUAUUCGCCCAGUUUAACAUACUGGGAAAAACACAGUGUUUUCUCUGUAGAGGACGUCUGAACUUAUUUCCACGUAGAAAAUCAACUAAGCAUGAAAUCUUUUCUACAUGGGUUUUGAGGCAGGAGCUUUUGUGUUCUUUUCUACAUCCAGCCCAACGUGUUUAGAUUGACAUCUGUGGUAAUUGAUCAUCUGCUACAGAUGCGACAGGUAGGGAUUAUCUUGAAAAAUGCAGGUAUUGCCCCUUUAAAGGUAAUUGUCCUAUUAAUUCUGACUGUAGUGUUGUAGAGCUGCUAUUUGAGGAACAACCUUAAUACUGCGGUUUCUUUGGAUUCAAGGACAGCUGUUCUUGUAUGAUGCAAGUGCAAACGUCAACACACCUUUUUCUGCAGUUGGAUGGAAUUACACUGCUGUUGUUAAACUGAGGCUUUGUAUGACGAGAGGCAGUUAGAGUCAGAGAAAAGAUGCACACGACUCCUCCCAUUAUAAAAAUAAUGUAAUGUACAUUAGAGUUCUCCUCUGUUCUUACCCAUUGAAUAUUUAUCUUCUUUGUGUGUGAAUGUUUUGUCUUACUGUUAGCAGCGAACGCUUCUACAACAACUAAUAUACAUGGUGGUGGAGGAUCCUUUUUAUUUUAUUUUAAUUUUUUUUUUAAGCUGCAUUGGUAAAUAAGAUUUGUGGACAACACUAAUGUUUGGCUGUAUGAUUUAUGUCAUAUUGGGAAUCAUUUCUUAUGUGUGUGUGCAAGAAUGCUCGCCCUUUAUAUAUUUUUUAAUAGGACAGAUUUGUUUGUUGAUUUAAUGAAUUUGGUCACAUGAUCAGAUGCUUUCACCAAAUGUGAAGGAUGCACCACCAGCGUGCAGUAAUGAAGGGGGGUGAUGAUGAUGAUGAUGAUAAUAAUAGUCCUUGUUCAUCAAAGUUGCGUAUCCGAUCGUAAAGUGAGCUCACGCAAAUGUAGCGGUUAUGUUAAUCACCAGUUUGGUGUAUUUGUACGAUUUAACUCAUUCAUCGAACUCAAUUUGAGCGUAAUACUUGUAUAUAAUACGUAUAUAAAAAUUGUGCACAUGGCAAAUCAACACAGGGGUAAAAACAAUCUUUAGUUUUCUUAGUAAACGGUAGAAUGAUGUGAUUGUGUGACAAGACUAAGACGUUUUGUUCAUUUCACAGCUUAUUCUUUCCCAUUUUAACCCUAUAAAGUUUGGUCAGUAGGGGGAGCAGUGCACUGAACACAACUCCACCUACAAACACAACCAUCGCUCUCAAGCCGCUGAGCGCUGUUUCUUUUGGAAACAUCCACAUGAAUCAGAGAGUGCUUUAUGUAAAUGAUAUGUAAAUGAGGCGCUGGUAGGCUGGCGCUUGAUUUCACUCGCUGAAGCUGAGUGCGCCCAAAUCUCCACUCGUUUCCAUGCCGUAUAAAAGUUUCAUGAAUCGGAUGCCGAGUUUAAGGGUAAAGAUGGUCAAACCUGUGCUCUUUUUGCUCAACUUUGAUGGAUAAGGGUCAGUGUGAACAGCGGCUGUCUCUGCAUACACUGCAAAUGUGAAUUAUACACAUUCCGUUUUGAACAUAAGGAUAAUUUACAAGUCUUCGAAACAUAGGCAGACGGAGGAAUAAAACACUUGCCUAUCUGUAAAUACACAAACUCUAGUGAAAUAUUUCUAAGGGGCAUAUUCGUAAGACUCUACGUCCCCUACAUAAGCCUCUCAACUACAUAAACGUUUAUCGCUGCUGUCGGAAGAAAGCUCGUAUCUCCAAAAUAGUAACUUUACAGGAGAAGGAAAAAACAUACUUCGCUUUCAAUGCAAGUCAAUGGAACCAGAAUUUCUCCCGUGUCAUUUUGGGUCA